UGAAUGGUUUUGUGUCUGUAAAGAUAUCAUCUCUCACUGUGUUGCAUUAUUGCUUUCUCUUCAAACACUUCAUAACGUCACCAGUUUCUUCCAUGGAAUUCGCCUCUUCAACUUCCAAACUUCCACAGAUGUAUGACGUGCUGAUUAACUUCAAUGGAGAAGACAUCCACAGGAAAUUUGUUUCUCAUCUCAAUUCUGUCCUCUCUGCUGCUGGACUCACCACUUUCCUUCACCACCAGAAUGCAGUCAACGACAUGGACAUCCAACAGCCUAUUCUCAAUCUCUGUCGUGUAGCAAUUGUUGUGUUCACCAAAACCUAUUCUAAGUCUGAUUGGUGUCUGGAUCAACUUCAACAUAUCAUCAAAUGGCACGAAACUUAUUCACGAUAUGUUCUCCCCGUAUAUUACGAAAUCCAGCCAUCUGAUGUACGCCUUCAGAAGGGUGACUUUGGAAAAGCCUUCAAAGAAACUGCACAACAAACAUUUUCAGCACAACAACUGGAGCAUGGCAUGUCCAGGUGGAGCCACGCACUCACCAAAGCUGCAAAUUUAUUUGGAUGGGAUGAGAGCAAUUACAGGAGUGAUGCUGACCUAGUGGAUACAAUUGUUAAGAGCAUUCUUACGUUACCAGUCUUGUCUGCCACUAAAUUUCCAGUUGGAUUACAAUCCCACGUGGAAGAUGCGAUUCAAAUUAUAAAAAAUAAAUCCUCGGAAGUUUGUAGGAUAGGGAUAUGUGGAAUGGGAGGAUCGGGUAAAACAACCCUUGCCAAAGCCAUCUAUAAUCAAAUUCAGGGUACAUUCAUGGAAAAAAGUUUCAUUGAAGAUAUUGCACAAGUUAGACAAACAAGAGGGCUUCUUCAUUUACAAGAACAACUUCUUUCGGAUGUCCUAAAAACAAAGGUGGAGAUACAUAGCGAUGAGAUGGGAAGAAGUAUGAUUCGGGAAAGACUUUACCGGAAAAGGCUGCUCAUUGUACUUGACGAUGUGAAUGAUUAUGGUCCAUUAGAGCUAUGGGGACGGGGAAGUAGUUCUUGGUUAGCUGAAGGAACUGUAAUAAUCAUUACUUUAAGAGAUGAAGACCUACUGAAAAUGCAACAAGUUUAUUCUAUUGUUCGGAUAAAUGUAAUGAACCCAAAUGAGUCCCUUGAGCUUCUUAGUUGGCAUGCAUUUAGAGAAGCAAAACCAAAAAUGGAAUACCAUUUCCUUGCAAAACGAGUAGUUGAUUAUUGUGGAGGACUACCUCUAGCUCUUGAAGUCAUCGGAAGUUAUUUAUAUGAAAGGACGAAAGAAGAAUGGAACAGAGUAUUGUUAAGAUUAGACAAUAUUCCCCAGAAUGAAUUUCUAGAUAUAUUGAAAAUAAGCUUCGAUGGUUUACAUAAUCAAAGGGAAAAGGAUUUAUUCCUUGAUAUUUGUUGUUUCUUUGUUGGUACUAGCAGAGCCUAUGUCUCCAAGAUCCUAAAUGCCUGUGGAGUAGACCCUGAUCGUGGGAUAAGAGUUCUCAUAAAGCGCAACCUCGUAAAAGUUAGAAAGAACAACAAAUUUGGAAUGCAUCCUUUGGUACGAGAUAUGGGAAUUCGUGAAAUUUCAAGAAAGCAAUUUGUGACGAACAAACGGCUGUGGUUUGAUGAGGAUAUGAAUUAUGCACUGUCAGAGAAUACACUCUUCUCAUCACAGGGGGCAAAAGUCAUCCAGAGAUUGCCUACCGGAAGAGAUUUGUUUGAACGUCAUCCUUCUUAUCCUUUAAAGGUAAGAGACCUGCUGCAACUCGCUGGAAAUUCUGGGAACCUGAAAUGGAUCAGUUUGCAAGGAUUUUCUUCAGAAUACCUACCUAAUGACUUUUAUUUGCAUGAUACAAUUGUGAUUGAGUUAAAACACAGUCUUCUUCGAUUCGUCUGGAAAGAACCCCAGGUUUUGGCGUCGCUAAAAGUCCUUAAUCUUAGUUACUCCAUGUACUUAUCAAAAACCCCUGCCUUUUGGGGGUUACCAGGUCUUGAACAGCUCAUUCUCAAAGAUUGCCCAAAUUUGUGUCAUGUACACCGAUCUAUUGGUUUUCUUUGCAGUCUUAGACUGCUAAAUUUGAAGGGUUGUACAAGUCUAAGCAAUCUCCCGAGAGAGAUAUAUAAGUCGAAAUCUUUAAACUCUCUCAUUCUCUCUGGUUGUUCUAAAAUUUUCCUAUUGGAAAAAGAUAUAGUGCAAAUGAAAUCCUUGAUAACUCUAAUUGCUGAAAAUACAGCGGUGAAACAAGUGCCUUUUUCAAUUACAAGCUCAAAAAGCAUUGGAUAUAUAUCCUUACCUCAAUUAGAGGGACGGUCACGUAAUCUUUUUCCUUCUAUCAUUCGGUCUCGAUUGUCAACAACAAUGAAUCCCCAAUCUUAUAUUCAUUCGUUCAUGGAUAUGGAGGAUAAUAGUUGGGAUUAUGUUGCACCAUUUCUUAGCAGCCUUGCAAAUCUUCGAAGUGUUUUUGUGCAGUGUGACCCCGAGUUUGAAAUAUCUAAGCAACUAAAACCUAUACUGGUUGAAUAUGGUAUGAAUAUUACAGAAUCAAGAAUUCCAAAGCAUAAUAUCAGGUCUUCUUUGAUUGGUGUUGGAAGAUAUCAAGAAUUCUUCAAUACUGUCAGCGAUAGCAUAUCUAAGGCAUUGGCAAAGAGUGAGUCAUGUGAUGUUUCUCUCCCAAGUGUCAAUGAUCCUAAUUGGUUGGCCCAAAUGGGUGAUGGACAAUCUGUUUCUUUCACAGUGCCUCGGGAUCGUGUCGUGAAGGAAAUGGUUUUGUGUGUUUUUUAUUUAUCAACCUCCAAAAUCAUUGAACCUGAACUUACUACUGUCUUAAUUGUUAAUUACACCAAGUGUACAUUAGUGAUACACAACCAUGGCACAGUAAUUUCCUUUAGUGAUGAAGAUUGGCAUGACAUAAUGUCAAAUUUUGGAUCAGGAGACAAGGUGGAGAUUUUUGUGAGUUUUGGUCACGGAUUGCUGGUUAAGAACACUGUUGUGUAUCUGAUGUAUGGUGAGCCAAAUAAAAAUUCCCUCAUUGGAUUCAUAAAGAAAAUUGUAAUGUGACUUGUGGGGACAAAAGCCAUUGAGGGAUUGACAUUGAAAUUGCAUGGAACUUGGUAGAGAUUGCUUUGAAGCAAAUGAUUUUAAGGAAAUGAAGAGAUUGAAACUCUUGAAACUUAAUUCGCUGGAUCUUUUGGGCAUCUUUCUAAGCAACUGGGAUGGAUCUGAUGGCAAGGAUUUCCUUUGAAAUAUGUACCUGUAAACUUUAUCAAGGAAGUGUAGUUGCGUUAAACUUAAAACACAGUAACCAUAAAGUAGUCUGGAAGGAAACUCAGGUUCUGAAGUGACUAAAAAUCCCCAAUCUUAGUCAUUCCAAAAACUUGACCACCACCCCAGACUUUUCUAAAGUACCGAAUCUUGAAAAGCUCAUUCUAAAGAUUGUGCACGUUUGUUCAAGCUACACUAGUCCGUUGGAGAUCUCUGCAACUUCUGCAGACAAAUUUGAAGGACUAUACAAGUGUUAUCAAUCUGCCAAGGAGAACCUGUAAGUUGAAGUCUGUGAAAACUCUAACCCUUUCUGGUUAUUUGAAGAUAGACAAGUUGGAUGAAGACAUAGUGCAGAUGUUAUCCUUGAAAACUUUAAAUUCAGAAAAUAUUGCUGUGAAACAAGUUCCAUUUUCAAUAGUAAGAUAAAGGAGUAUUGGAUAUGUAUUUCUGUGUGGACAUAAAGGAUUAUCACGGAAUGUUUUUCUAUCUAUCAACAUGAUAGAACCAAGCACAUCAAGGUGAAAAGUACCAUGCCAUUAUAGAAGCAGAUAAAUCUAAGGAAAUCAACUUGGAGCAUUACAGUUUGGAGAAUCAGAUUGUAAACAUAGAGACCAAUGCACUUUCCAAAAACAAGUUUGAAAUGUUAAGAUGAAAUAUUGGAAUAUCUAAGAAAAAAAAUUAAAAUAGGGGUAUUAUUAGUAAUUAA